UUCAAAAGAGCUCUUUGUUUUGAGUAAACAAUGGGGCAGAACAGCUGAGGCUAUAUUUUCUCGAGAAAAUUAAAUAAAAGUCCAGAAACAAGAAGUGGGUUUUCAAGAGCAUUAUCAGUUAUUUGAUUGAGGCUUUUUCGUUUUUUCAUAUACGAUCAGAUUAUUCAAAAUCUCAGCUUUUAUGUAAAGUGGGAAUACAGGCAGCGCUAGGUGAUUUAGCCUACUUGGCACAGAUUUAUAAGUUUGGGGGAGGAAAGCAGUAUAUAUCCAGAAAGUCAACAAGUGACCUAUGCUUUCGUACUUUCUAAUUUGGUCGACGGACUUAGAUGGACAGUUCUUCUCUAGAAGAAUGCAAUCAGCAAACUGACCAUUUCCCUUUGUUAAUGGAACGAGUUGAAAGCCAUAGUGAUCGAGACCACAUUAUUAACAUCACAAGGCAUGACGAUGAUACUUCAUCAAGCUCGUCCCGGGAUGAGCGACCUUCUGGAGUGAACUUAACAGAGAGUGAAGAUAGACCUUCAGGCAGCACACAAGCUGCCACUAAUCCGACUCCUUUCUCAAAUAGAUUGCACUCUAGGAGUUCGUCAUUCUUGAGGAGAAGUGAUGGAUAUGGUCGACGUCGUAGGAGCCCUUUAAAUUCUGGAUUAUGGAUUUCUGUUGAGUUAGUUGUCACUGUGAGUCAGAUUAUAGCAUCUAUUGUGGUGCUGGCAUUGUCAAGAAACGAAAAGCCUCAAACUCCAUUGUUUGCAUGGAUUGUUGGUUAUGCAUCUGGUUGUAUUGCUACACUUCCUAUUCUUUAUUGGCGUUUUCUUAACCGCAAUGUGGGUAGCGACCAAGAUUUGACACACUCACAUCAAGGUUCUUCUAAUGGCAAUCCCAGUGAGACUACACCUUAUACAGCUAUUGCAGUUACUCAAGCUUCAGAUGAGGAUAAUAAUCGCAUCAUUGAAUCCGCUACAAGGAACACUCGGAUUGCAGGAACCUUAAGUACAAGGCUCAAUGGAUUAGUAGACCAUUUCAAGAUGGCCCUAGAUUGUUUUUUCGCAGUGUGGUUUGUCGUUGGCAAUGUCUGGAUAUUUGGAGGUCACUCAUCUCCAUCUGAUGCUCCUAAAUUGUACAGGUUAUGUAUAGUGUUCCUUACUUUUAGCUGUAUUGGAUAUGCCAUGCCAUUCAUACUAUGUGCAACAAUUUGUUGCUGCUUGCCCUGCAUAGUUUCUAUCCUUGGUAUCCAAGAGGAUUUUUCACCAACUAGAGGAGCCUCCAGGGAAAUUAUAAAUGCAUUGCCGACAUUCAAAUUUAAAUCCAAGAAAACCGGAAAUGUAAACAAUCAGGAAAUUUCAGCUAGUGAAGGUGGGGUCCUGGCUGCAGGGACGGCAAAGGAACGUGUUAUAUCCGGGGAAGAUGCAGUUUGUUGUAUUUGCUUGGCUAAAUUUGCAGAUGAUGAUGAGCUGAGGGAGCUGCCGUGCCUCCAUGUCUUCCAUGUGGAGUGUGUAGAUAAAUGGUUAAAAAUCAAUGCGUCUUGUCCCCUAUGUAAAACCGAAAUUAGUGAGAGCAGCAGUGGUUCACCAUUAGCCCAAGAUUCGCAUUAACAGUGCAGGCAAGACAAUCGUCAAUGGACGAAUGAUUGGUAAUGUCUUCAAUGUUUUACUUUGUUCUACUGGUUCUUGCAUUUAAGUUUGAGUCGAGUCAAGUCGAGUCGUCACGAGUCCCCCAUGCAAGAGAUACAAAUAUAUAGUUAGGCUAUCGUCAAAAAAGAAACUUGGAAUGCUAUAUACUAAAAAAGAUUGUUUCUUGAGGCUAACCUCACUUGUUCAUACAAAAAUUAUUUUGGUUGCUAUUGUUCUUUUUUACCAUGUUAUGUGUAAACAUAACUGUCUUGAAUUUUGUUGGAACAUUUCCAUCUAAAGUUGGAUAUUUGGUGGUUCUUA